UAUGUAAAUCUUUUAUUCCUGAAUAAUAUACAAGAAUUAUUCUUCCUCUCCUAUUGUUUUUCUCCCCAGUAGUCCCUAAAAUUACAUGGUAUUAGAGCUUCGACUCUGAUCUUGUGGUAUCCCGCCAUGAAACUGUAUCAUCCCCUAUCAUAUCUGAUUCUCUGUCCAUGGGUACCAAUUUACAGCUUGUGAUUCAAAAGCUGAAUAGUAAAAUUAUGUUGAAUGGGCUCAAUCCGUGAAACUGGCCCUUGAUGGCAAGGGAAAGUUGGGCUACCUGACAGGAGACGCUUCUCAACCAGGAGUGACCGACCCCUCUCUCCCAAGAUGGAAGUCAGAAAAUUCACUAAUCAUCGCAUGACUGAUCAACUCAAUGGACUCUUCCAUUGGGAAGCCAUACUUAUUCCUCCCAACUGCGAAAGAUGUGUGGGAGGCCGUCCGCGAUUGCUAUUCUGAUCUAGAAAACUCUUCUCAGAUUUAUGAACUGAAGACUCAGCUGUGGCAAUCCAAACAAGGAGACAAGGAUGCGACAACCUUUUACAAUCUCAUGGUUACUCUUUGGCAGGAGUUGGACCAAUGCUAUGAGGAUGAUUGGGAAAAUCCUAAUGAUGCAACCAGGUUCAAGAAGAGAGAAGAGAAUGAUAGAGUUUACGUGUUUUUAGCAAGCUUAAAUCAAGAACUGGAUGAGGUGUGUGAUAGAAUUUUGGGCAGAAAACCACUGGCGUCAAUGCGAGAAGUGUUCUCUGAAGUUAGGAGGGAGGAAUCCAGGAGGAAAAUCAUGCUGCGAAACUCUGAUGGUAUAAGGAUGCAAGAAGCUGAAAGUUCAGCCCUGAUUGCAAAGGGACACGAACCAGAAGGAGAAAAAAAGAAGCGACCUUGGUGUGAUCAUUGUAGAAGACCAUGGCACACUAAGGAAACCUGCUGGAAACUCCAUGGAAAACCACCCAACUCAAAAAAGAAACCAACUGGAGAGGGUCGGGCUUUCCAAACCUCAAAUGCUGAAAAUGUGGAGCAGAAAGGCAACUCCGAGUCAUCUCCAUUCACUAAGGAACAACUAGAGCACCUGUAUAAACUCUUUACCACAAAAAUGUCAGUGACUCCAUCCUCUUCUUUGGCUCAAAAAGGAGUUGAGUUCGGGGAGGAUGAUUGGCAGUUCUAAAGAGGUUGAUGGCCUCUAUCCCUUUGAAGAUGAGUCUGGUCCUAAGGAGAAACUCCAGAAAAAUUGUCUCAAUUCAAUUCUGAUUCAUGAAGAUGAAGAAAUAAUGCUAUGGCAUUAUCGGCUAGGUCACCCCAAUUUUUUGUAUUUGAAGCAUUUAUUUCCUGACCUCUUUAAAAAUAAAAAUCCAAAUUUGUUUUCUUGUGAAAUUUGUCAAUUUGCAAAACAUCAUCGUUCCUCUUUUUUUUUUGCACAGCAAAAAUCAAAUAUUAUAUAUGAACUUCAGUACUAGGUGUACUGAAAAUAUAGAUAUGAAUACAAGGCAUAAAAAGCCUAAACCCCACGAGGGAGAAUCGAUAGAUAGGACGAAAUACAAAGCCAACCCAACCCCUUUAGGAAAAAGCCUCCUUCAGAUUAGUUGACCAGAAAUUAAAGUGCAAUUGGAAACCCUUCUCCACACACUUAAGCCAGGACCAGGUGUGGAAUAAAGCCUCAUCCAUGACCUUUUCUGGAUUGAAAGGCUGAUUAUUGAAAAUCAUGCCGUUUCUGUGGUGCCAAAUGGACAAUGACAGAGCUAUCCAGAGAAAUUCCCAUCUCUUGACUGUGCUGCUUGGUCUAUUCCAUUGAGAGAAUUGCAGAAAAUGAUUGUUUGGGUCAGUGGAGAGAGGACCCACUCUAUUAACCCAUCUCAUAGGCUCCCACCAGAGACUCCUAGUCUUGGAACAGUUGAAAAAAAGAUGAUUGGCAAAUUCUUCUUCAAGGUCACAUAAAGGACAGCUAUAAGAAUGCAGAGUCACUUGCCUCCUUCUGAGAUUAUCCCUAGUAGGGAGCCUGUUCUUGAAUAAUCUCCAUGAAAAAGCACUAGCUCUUGGGGGAAUUUUCAGGCUCCACAUGAUCUUAAGAACCCUGUCCUCAUUAGCAUUAUCAUGAGCCUCCUGCAGCAUUUUAUAAGCAGACUUUGUGGAAUAUAGGUCAUUAGGAUCAGGCUUCCAGCAAAGGAAAUCCCUGCUGGAAUGAUUGAUGUUGCCUGACUCAAUGUCAGCUAGGAAGUCAGCUACCAUGUCAAUUUCAUAGUCAAAAAAGUUCCUUCUCCAUGUUAGCUUCCAUUCCCAUCUCUCUUCCACAAAAUUCCCCAUAGAAUUGAUUGAAGAGGUCUGCUGAUUGCUUAUUAAAAAAAGAGUAGGAUAUUUUGUUUGAAGAUUAUAAUUAUCCCCCAGCCAUUUGUCCUUCCAGAAGCUAAUUUUGGUGCCACAACCCACUCUCCACUUGAGGUUAUCAACAAAACAGUUGUUGUGCUGCUGCUGGAAAAUAGCCUUUAAGUCUUGCCACCAUUGAGAGUGGAAUUUACUCUUACCGCCAGAGAUCAUCUCUUUCCACCCACCAUAUUUGGAGAUUAGAAUUCUAGCCCAGGGCUGGUUCUGGUUAUUGGCCAGCUCCCACCCCCAUUUGCCAAGUAAAGCCUCAUUAAAGAUGGAUAAAUCUUUGAUCCCAAGGUCCCCUUUGUUCUUGGGGAGGCAAACUGAACCCCAUUUUACCCAAGGUAUCUUGCUGGCCUCUUGCUGACCUCCCCACAGAAAUUUUCUCUGGAUGGAGACAAUCUUGUGCACCACUUUUUUGGGAAUCUUGAAAAAAGAAAGAAGAUAGAUAGGUAAGGCAGCUAAAACUGAGUUAAUGAGAGUGAUUCUGCCCCCCAUAGAUAGGCUUCUUUGCUUCCACUUUGCAAGUUUAUCUUCAAACUUCCUUAUAAUAGGCUGCCACACACUCCAGCUCUUCGAGGACACCCCUAGAGGAAUUCCGAGAUAAGAAAAAGGAAAAUCCAUGUGACUGCAGUUAAGGAAUUGAGCUGCAGCCCUGCACCAACUUCCAGAUUUGCCCAGACAGCCAAGAUGGCUUUUAGAAUAAUUAAUCUUGAGGCCAGAAACGUUUUCAAAGCAUCUCAGAAUGCAUUUUAAAGAUCUAACAUUUUGCUGAGUGGGAUCUCCAAAAAACAGGGUAUCAUCAGCAUAUUGGAGGAUGUUCACUUCUUCUUUUAAAAUUCCAACUCUAUAGCUGCUGAAUAGAUUCUUGGACACAGCUGAUCUCAUCAAACCUGUGAGGCCUUCCGCUACAAUAUUGAAGAGAAGGGGUGCAAGGGGAUCACCUUGCCUUAGACCUCUCUUAGGAGCAAAUUCCUUAGAAGGACUUCCAUUAAUUAAAAUGGAUAUGGUUGCUGUAGACAGACAACCAUUAAUCCAUUUCCUCCACCUAUCACAAAAGCCCAUCCUCAUGAGCAUGUAGUCGAGAAAUCCCCAUGAAACCGAGUCAUACGCCUUUUCAAAAUCCGCUUUGAAAACCAAGCAAGGUUUAUUUCUAGCCUUAGUGAUGCAAGCUCCAUUGGAGCUUGUAGGCCUAGG